AAAUGUUUGCGUUUUGAAUUUCAAUCAACGUCAAUUUUUAUUUCAAGCCUAGAUGUAAAAUAUUUAGGUUUUACAAAUUUUGUUUUUAUUUUUGUUGUUUCUAAAUUAUGUGGUAAUAAAAUUUCAAAGGGCCUAACAAUGCAACCCGUCAGCUCGUCCAAUAGAAUUCCCAUUGGCUUCGACGCUGACGAUUUUCCCGAAUCCAGCAGCAGCAAGCGAAGGCAACGCCGGAAAGAAAAGCACAUCAAACGUUUGGAACACACCAAGCAUUUGUUAUUCACCAAACAUUUCUCCAACUAUCGCCUGCCGGUGGCGGUUGCGUCGACAGAUUUUAAGAUUGUGCAGUUAAGUCGGUAUGAGUCCAUUAUAGAUCGAGACCGCCAUCCCCCACUUUAUGUAAUUCCGGAUCAGAAAUCAGAAUGGGCGCGCCUGAAAAUGAUUUCGUGUCCAUGCCACGGGUGCGAAUGUACAUUAGAUCCGAAUGGUUGGCUCUCUCAUUAUAUAAAUGUGCAUAUGCGCCGACUAGGUGUCCCCUUCGUGGACGUGCCAUUUCCUGUUGAAAAGCAAACCUUGCGUGCCUCUUGCAACCUAAGUUAUCUCGACUAUGAUGUAAACACUCUGCUGAGUGUCUAUGGCUAUCAGCGUUUUGGUCUGAACCCCCUCAAAUGUCCGCGCAAUACAUUGCUGCCAAAGGAAUAUCGCAAGUACUCCCAGCACGGCGUCCUACUGCUCUUUGCUUGCCGUACGCGACAUGCAUUACUUUGGCACCGUAAGCAAAUCGAUGAUGUUGUUGCCAUUUGGGUAGCGACCCCGAUGCAGGGCGUGACCGUAUCGUUACGCUGUGUAGUACAGCCCGCCAAAUCGACACGGUACUAUUCCAAGCGACUGCAAUCGCGUCAAUUGCCGGCAUCUGGUAUAAAGCCAACGCCAUGCCGUGAUUUAAUCAAAACGGACUUCAACGUAGUUGUCAUUAGCUUACAGGAUUUGCGGGAGCUAAUGGCAAAAAGUGAGGGUGAGCAGAUCCUCAAAGUGGAACUGCAUAUUAUGGGCGAGCAGAGAAUUUGACAGAUUCAGUUAGAGCUUAACUUAUUCCAUUUAUACAUUAAUCAAUAAAAUGACCUCUAGGCUAUAAA